GUCCUAUACAGGCUCAGGUUCAACUUCAUGACGACGACGUCUCGUCCAAAGCUGGCGUUCUUUACGUUUGAAAGGGCACAACGUAAGUGACUCACCAAGUAGAAGUUAGGUCAGAGUCUAGAGAGCUUCUUUGGGCGUCCUGAGUUGCUGUUCCAGCUUCAGUAUCUGCUUCACAGGACAUUUCCUACGCAGUCCCACGAAGAGGGUUUUCAGGAGACUCCCCCCUCAUCAGACGAAUUAGUUUAUCCUUCCACCUGCGCAGUAAUCAGGAAGAGAAGCAAAGGGGUUAACGGGAGCGAAGCACAUUUUUGCUGCUCUGGAACACCUCGGUAGGGUUGUCUUUGGCCACGAGAAGCGGCCCCUUGAUUGAGCAAUGCCGCGACGGAGGUACCAGCCCGUGGGUCCGAACGAGAGGUUGCCGGACGUUGGGGCGCAGCGGUACAUUGUGAAGCGCAGCAAGCGCUGCAAUUAUGCAAUGAGCAUCACAAAGCACCCAGACCCGAUUGGCGAGUCUCUCGCGCAAGAGGCCUGGUUGGAAUCGUUUGAGGGGUACGGCCCGCCCGGAAUGGCCAAGCCGACAAAGUUUUUAGGGCUUCAGGUGUGGCCCCCACCGUUUGCGGCGGCGCUAAGUCCAAUCGGAAAAGAGAUCGGGACGGUCGGAAAGGUCGUUUUAAAAUUCAGCGAACUUAUCGAAGCGGGGCUCCCGGGGGGCGGCCGGCGCGACGAGGACGAGUAGCAGGGUCGGUCACUUUGUACGGAGGAAUAAGGGCCGGUCAGUCACUAGUGUAGCAGCACAAAGUGUACAAUGGCUAGAAAGCGUUUCGCUUAGAUCGUGGCUUGACUCUAGGCUCGUGAGUCGAGAGGCUCGCAAGAGGGGGGCGCAAGGGGCGCUUUCCUCAAGUAGAUUGUAGAGUCGCUUAACACAGAAAAGCUGCAGGAUCAACUCGGAAGGUAGACUUAGCCCGCUUGAUCACGCGUUCGGGCUCAAUUGUUUGUGCAUCUUCAAUUGUCGUUGUUUGCAAGGAUGGCCUCUGGAUGUUCCCUUGUAAGCCCGUCGCGUCGAUUCAAAAUCAUGAC